AUGUCGUUCGGUUUUAGUGUUGGCGACUUCGCUGGUACCCUACAGCUUGCCUGGACUCUCUAUACAAAAUGCUACAAAAUUGCCAAAGGCGCGCCCAAAGACUUCAAAUGCCUGAGAGAUGAGAUCAACACAUUGCAUAGCUCCAUCAAGCUUCUUCAACACGACGUCCUUGAUAAAGAAUCCGUCUUGGUCCGUGCUGGAGCUGAUCGUGUUGAAAUGGUGAAAAGAGUCAUGCGCCAGGUUGAUGUAACACUCAAGGAGUUGGAAAAACAUUCAAAGAAGUACGAGAGCUUGGGAAAAGAACAUUCUAGCAGUAUAAAAAAGUGGUGGACCAGUGUGCGGUGGUCUGCAGAAGCUUCGGAACUCGAUGCAUUACGCAAUAAGCUGGUCUAUCAUAAUGGGGUCAUCAGUCUACUCCUAAUCUCGUGCGACAACUCUUCCCUGCAGCGUAUAGAGAAAAUAUCCUCGAAGGUUGAAAAGGGGGUUAAUGAUAUCAAAGACAUGAUUCGAAGUCCCGCAGUCGGAGCACCCACUAUCUCAGUUAUCCAAAGAGACGGAUUUUUAGCGAUAUCCUUAACGGGGAGUUGGUGGCUAUUAAAGUCGCAAAUGGAUCUCUACACUGGGUUACCAUCAGAGCGCAAGAUAUCUUGGCAAGGCUAUGCAAACCUCAUCAAAGCGGCCUGGAUCUUGAUAGAUAUCAUUACGAUACAUCCGCAACUAGACUACCUGGAGACAAGUACGGGGUACGGUAUAGCACUACUAGUAGAGACAACACGAAGAGAGCUUGAAAAUAUUAAUAAGUCAUGCCUCGCGAGACCAACACUUACAGAGUUAGGUACUUGUGAUUUAGCAAUAUGGGAGACACAAGUAAAGGAGUCCACUUUAAAGCCUCACGUAGAAACCUCGAGCUCGGGCUUGAGCCGCCAGGCGUGGAUGACAGAAAAUGAAUAUGUACUCUUUCAACGAUUCGUGUAUUACCAGACAAAUAGCUACGCAGUAGAAACUCCGUGCAUUGCCCUCUUCUUAAUGCAUAAAGUGGUCAAGGAAGCGAAGAUAGUUCUGAGAGACCAGAGCUGGCUCACAUUGGCAACGUUCGUUGUGAGAGAUGUGACCCCAUAUCCUAAUGAAAAUGUUAUGCAAAUCGAGGAUCAAAAAGUAAGAUUCUCCACAACCCAAGAUGUGCAGCACCUAUGCGCGAUUGCGGAAGCUACCAAGGAAUACUUAUUUUAUUGCAAGUUCAAAGAGAACAACCCGGAGAUUCUGCGAUCAUUUACCCUACUCUUUUCCAUCAAGAACAAUUAUAGGGGAGUGGUCUGGAGACUACUUGAAGAUGAGGAACCUUACGCGGAGGUAGAAAAACCCAGAGAAAAUACAAGGGUGGAAUACUCUACCAGAUUACUACUUGCAGCUAAACAAUUGGCAAAAUUGACGAAUCAAUCCAUGUUAAUGGAUGACCACAGAGUCAAAAGCACUUCGAAGGACUUAUCUUUAUUUGUUUGGUGUAUGAUGGGCGAAUACAACGUAGUGGCACUCCUUUUGAGCGAGGGGAAGGGUAUAUCGAUAGGCAUGGAAGAUUUAAUCAUGUGCGGGCUAUCGAAACCUCUACACAAUGCCGUGCGUAACAAGAAUUUAGAGUUGAUAAAACUCCUUUCUUCCGAAAGAGGGUUUGAUAUAGACGCAUGUGAUCCUUCACCAGGGAGUCAUGAUGGUUCCACAGCACUAGGGAUAGCAAGUCAAACUGGACUCAUCGCGGCAGUAAACACCUUACUCGAGGCCGGGGCCGAUUUCAAUGCAGGACGACCCCAGGCAUUAGAACAUGCAGUGAAUAGAGGCCAUCUAGAUGUCGUCAAUAGGCUCAUCGAGGCCGGGGCCGACGUCAAUGCAGGAAGAUCCCAGGCGUUAGAUGAUGCAGCGAAGAGGGGCCAUCUAGAUGUCGUUAGUAGGCUCCUCGACGCCGGGGCCAGCGCCAAAUUUCAUGCUUAUAUAUUGCACGAUGCAGCGGGUAGGGGCGAUCUAGAUUUAGUCAAGAAGCUCCUCGAGGCCGGUGCCGAUGUCAAUGCAGCAGAGUCCCGCGCAUUAAUGGAGGCAGCGUAUAAUGGCCACCUAGCUGUGGUGAACAGGCUCCUCGACGCUGGGGCCAGCGCCAAAUUUGAUACUGAUAUCUUCCACGAGGCAGCGGAUAGGGGCGAUCUAGGUUUAGUCAAAAGGCUUCUCCGGGCCGGCGCCGAUGUCAAUGCAAGAGAAUCCCGCGCAUUAAAGAAGGCAGCGUAUAAUGGCCAGCUUAAUCUAGUCAACAUACUCCUCAAGGCCGGGGCCGAUGCCAAUGGAGACGAGUCCGGGGCGUUAAUAGGCGCGGCGGCGGAAGGCCAUCUAGAUGUGGUCAAUAGGCUCCUCAAGGCCGGGGCCGAUGUCAAUGGAGACGAGUCCGGGGCGUUAAUAGGCGCGGCGGAGAAAGGCCAUCUAGAUGUGGUCAGUAGACUCCUCGAGGCCGGGGCCAAUGUCAAUGGGCUCUGGGACAGAGCGUUAAGAGUCGCGGCGGCGGAAGGCCAUCUAGAUGUGGUCAAUAGGCUCCUCAAGGCCGGGGCCGAUGUCAAUGGAGACGAGUCCGGGGCGUUAAUAGGCGCGGCGGAGAAAGGCCAUCUAGAUGUGGUCAGUAGGCUCCUCGAGGCCGGGGCCAAUGUCAAUGGGGGCGGGUCCGUGGCGUUAAUAGGCGCGGCGGCGAAAGGCCAUCUAGAUGUGGUCAAUAGGCUUCUCGAGGCCGGGGCCAAUGUCAAUCAGCGCGAGGCGUUAAUGCGCGCGGCGGCGGAAGGCCAUCUAGAUAUGAUCAAUAUUAAUAAGCUCCUCAAUGCCGGCGCCAAUGUCUAUGCAAGAGGAUCCGAGGCAUUAACAAAUGCAGCGCGUUAUGACCACAUAGAUGUAGUCAACAGGCUCCUCCAGGCCGGCGCCGAUGACAAUGAAUCCCAGGUAUUUCAUUGGGCAGUCCGCGGGGGGCAUUUUCAUAUAGCAGCCAAACUUCUCAAAGCGGGUGCCAAUAUUCAAUCCCUCCCUGAGUGGAACAGGGGGAAACUCAAGUCUUGGAUGCGUGGGAAUGGUAUUUCUAUAUCUUAA